UGAACAUGUUCAGCAGGGUUGUUCUGGGGAGAAGGGGCUACAGACUCGGGAAAACCAUCGGCGAAGGAACUUAUUCCAAAGUAAAAAUCGCCAGCUCCACCAAACACGGCCAUAACGUCGCCAUCAAAAUCGUGGAUCGAAGAUCGGCACCGCAAGACUUUACCGUCAAGUUUUUAUCGCGGGAACUGACUAUCCUGAGGACGGUCAGUCACGACCACAUCGUUCGUCUCCAUGAGCUGAUCGACAGCACUAGCGGGAGGCUGUACAUCGUGAUGGAGUUGGCUGCCACUGACCUCCUGGAGAGAAUCCAACAGGUUGGCAGGUUCCCGGAGGAACUGGCCAGGACGUACUUCACCCAGAUUGUUAGCGCCGUCUGCUACCUUCACCAAAACAACAUCGUCCACCGGGAUCUGAAGUGUGAGAACAUACUGCUCACAGUUGGCAACGAGGUGAAGAUCACAGACUUUGGAUUUGGGAGGUUUUUAGAAGGCCCCUCUGACCUGAGCAGCACAUUCUGCGGUACCCCGUUGUACGCGCCACCAGAAGUUCUCCUCGGGAAUCACUACGACCCGAAGAAGUCGGACAUCUGGAGCAUCGGGGUCAUUCUUUACGUCAUGCUCACGGCGUGCAUGCCCUACGACGACUCGAACGCGAUCAGACUCGUCCGGGCUCAACGGGCGCCGAUGGCGUAUCCCGAGAACGCGGCAUUGGCGGACUCGUGCAAGUCCUUCAUCCUGCUCAUCCUUCAGUACCACGCCUCUGCCCGGCCGGACAUCCAACAGGUGGCCGAGUCCACCUGGCUGCAGCCGGCAGUGGAGGACAGCGAUGCUGCGGCGGCGGUCCCACAAUAAA